GUAAGGUAGUUGCCAUUCAAUGUUUCUCUCCUCGCAUUCCAUUGCGGUGAGAAGUAAUGUCAGAAGAGUAGGCCUAGGGCCGAUGUUGUACCCUGCAUGAGGUGGCAACCCCCCGCCCUAAUUGGUGGAAAGAGUGAGCACACGCGGGUCACAUUGCAGAUUUACACCGCCACACACUCCAUCGUCAUCACCCAUCAUCAUCAUUAUCAUCAUCACCCAUCAUCAUUAUUAUCAUCAUCAUCACCCGUCAUCAUUAUUAUCAUCAUCACCCAUCAUCAUUAUUAUCAGCACCACCCAUCAUCAUUAUUAUCAUCAUCACCCAUCAUCAUCGCCUAAUAUCAGCCCCAUCCACCAUCAUCAUCCUAUGUCAUCAUCCAUCAUCAUCCAUCAUCAUCCAUCAUCCAUUGUAAUUAUCAGCCGUCAUUAUCGUAAUCGCUGUGUCCUGGUAUAAUGUCAGGAGAGGCUUAGGGAAAAAAAAACUCUCCAGACAAGGCAGCAUACGCGGCGGCGGACCGGCGGAAGCUGGGGAUUUGGGAGUGAGGUAAGUAGUCUUCCCCUUCCUGGUGACAACGUAGGGUUGAAAUUAAGUAAGCACUUAGUGUUACGUGGAACAAUUGGGAGGGGGAAGGAGAGGGGGGCUAAUUAAUCGCUUACUGGGGGUUGCACAGCACAGACGAUCAGCCGCUCAUCAAGUCAAGAUCAGGAUGGACGCUCCAGGCUUCGACUCUGCGUCCCUUCGCGUCACGUCGUCGUCCACGAAGACAAGGGUUCACGUUUUCGAAUCCAGUGUGAUGGCUGCUUUGGACGAUCCAGGUCUGGACAUGGCAGAGAGUGCGGCGGAUAUCGUGACUGUGAUAUUUAAGACCGUGCACAUCUACGAGGACCGGACGUCGCAAGCGGCGGUAGAGAGGGCCAUCGAGAGGGGUCUCGCCCGGGGCCAAGCGUUCACCAAGUCCUUCGCAGGUACACUCCUCCAGAUCGGCGAGAAGGCCUUGAAGGGAAUGGGGGUUGGUCUCUGUCUGAAGUUGCUCCGCUGGAGUUGUUUGCUGAUGAGGAGAUGCCCCGAGCUCUUUGGCGCGAAGACGGGAUUCGCUCGGAUCGCCGCACUGCAGGCGGCUUUUCUCACCCGUCUGUUUGAGGGAGGAGGCCCUCGAGUGAAACGGGUUGCUCGCAAGGCCUUUGCUCGGUUGCUGAGCGAGGUGGCACCGGCGUACGACCACUACGCGAACGUUCUGGAUGCUGUGGACUCUUCGGGCUACGAUUUCUGUGGCCUAGUCUGGGCAUUGCUGGAGUUCGCGGCGGGCAAGCCCAACCGCACGGCGCUGAUGGAGAAGCACAAGGGAGUGUUUCUUGAACUCUGCACCAAACGUGUGCUUAGCUCCAGGCAGAAGCCGCCCAAGAGCGCCAUGGGGUGUUUUCGGCCCCUGCUGCGCGGCUUGAGCCAUGAGGAGUUUGCGACGGCGCUGCUGCCGACGGCCGUGAAAAUGCUGAAGCGCAAUCCGGAGGUAGUGAUGGAGGCGGUUGGGCAGAUGGUGGCUGACGUCAGCCUGGACAUGAGCAAGUACAUGGGCGAUUUCCUGCCCACCCUGUUCCAGCAAGCGCGGCACAACGACGAGGGGACACGGAGAAGUGCGCUGGCGGUGGUGAAGAACCUGGUCUUGCAGAGCAGCGACCUCGAUUCCGUCUCGACGACCGUCGACGCAGCCAGAUCUAUUUUUAGUGGGAGUGAAGGCAAGCUCACGGUUUGGCAUCAACGAGCAGGAAUGAUCGGAGUAAUCAGCACAGUAUCGGAGGUGAAAGGCAGCGUAAAGGCGGUGGCGGCUCUGAGCGCGGGAGUGUGCUCCUUCCUCGUGAAAGCGUACACGGAGGAAGUGAACGAGGACGUGAAAUUGGCCGCGCUGGCGGCACUCGGCGAGUGGCUGCCCAGGGCAGGCCCCGACGUGCCAAAGGAGGUGACCAGCUUCUUUGCACAGGGAUUGAAGGAGAAAGAAUCUCUCCGCAGAGCGCAUUUGCGUUGCCUGAGAGCCGCUUUCAGGAACGGUGACCUGCGGACGAAGGUUUCGCAGAGCCUGGUCGAUGCGCUCAUCGGGCUGGUGAAGGCCGGGGCGCAGAAGCCUCUUCAGCGCGUGGAUGGCGUGUACGCCCUGCUGCUGGUCUCGUUGAUCGGCGCGGUGGACACCGCGGCGGAGGACAAGCUGGUCAAGGAGAAAGUGUGGCCCGUCGUCCUGCAGAAGGAUUCUCCUCUCCUCUCCUCGGCUGUGGUGGGCAAACUCUCGGCCGAGGAUUGUGUCGCCCUCGCGGAACUCGCCGAGGUGAUCCUCCUGCAGUUUUCCCCGAGGCUAGACCAGAACCCUGACGGAGCGAGGGACCUGUUUCAGCUUCUGGUUUUCCUGAUGACUUAUCCAUUGUCGUGGGACGUGAGGCGGACGGCGAUCGCAGCAGCGAACAGGUGCCACACAGCGUCGGCAGGGCUCUCGGAAUCCUUGCUGGAUGCGUACUGCGCGUGGCUUGCUGUCUGGGAGGAGAGGAUGGCGGCGCAGUCCUGUGCCGGCGGGUUUGAUUCCGGAGCCGAAGCGGGCGGCGGCGGCGGCGGCGGCGGCGGAGACAGCGCUGCUAUCAUCCCGGCGGGAGAGAUACUGACGAAGGCCCUGGCGGCCAUCGCCUCACCCGCCACGGCCAGCAAACCAGGCGUAGCUGCGAGGCUUCUCCUCUGUGCGCACCACCAAGUGGUCGUGCGGGGCAAGCGGAAGGGCGUCGCAUGGGCGGUGGUGGAGAGAUCUCUGACCAAGAGAGGCGUCAGCGUCAGGUCUGUGCUAGUGUCCAGCGCGUCUGUAGUUUGCAAGAUCUUGCUUGGCCCUGCUGGCCUCACGAGUGGCGGCAGGGGAGGGAAACCUCAGGAGCAAGCUGCAUUGGCCGCUCUGGGCACGGCCAUGAAGUUUUUCCCCGCCCAGAUUUAUCCGCACCUUCUGCAGGCUCUGGAUGCCAUGGGCGAUAGAUCCGCCCACGACUCUCUGACGGAGAGAGAGGUGAAGAUUUUCAGGACCCCAGAGGGAGUGUUGUCGACCGAAGACGGCGUUUACGUAGCGGAGGUCGUGAGGGAUCGCAACGUCAGGCACGCACGAGGGCGUUUCAAGCUGUACGACGAUGCUACGGAGAACGACCCGCCGCCUCCGCCUCCUCCCAAGGAAGUGCCAAGGGAAAGGCCGUCGCAGAAGUCCCUGUCGUCGUCGACGAAACGCACCGCUGGCGGAGGGGGAGCCAAAAAGGCGGUCGAUUCCGGAAAGACGGCCAAGGAGGAGGCGCGGGAAGCGCAGCUGGCGGAGGAGGCUGCGGUUCGCCAGCGUAUCGCCGCGAUCAAGGAUCGCUUGGCGCUUGUGCUGCAAGCUCUCGCCGUAUCUGCUGUGUCUUGUCCUCGGUUCAGCCACGACCAACUUCCUGCUUUGGCAGAUCGCAUUCUCCCUUUGUUGAAGUCUCCGAUCGUCAGCGAUGAAGCCUUCGAUGCCCUGAAAUUGACCGCAACUUGCGUCGCACCCCGACUGAGAGAUCAUAGUCUGGACGUCGCGGCGGCUCUCCGGCUCGUUGUCGUUUCCCCCGACUCCGUCCUCAGGGACUUGAAAGGUUCCGCGGAUCAGCAGCAGCCCGCCAGGAAGACGAAACUGCAGGAGAAGCCGGUUGUCGAACGCGUCACGAUCGGCCUGUCGGCCGCGUGUCAAGAUGGACCCGUGCCCGUCGCGACCUUCGUUUUCUCUUUCCCAGUGAUCGAGCACGUUCUGCUGGCUCCCGCCAAGACGAAGCUGCAUGACGAUUUGUUGCAGGUCUUGUCGUUGCAUGCGUCUCCUGGGGACAACCUGCCCCGGCAGCGCAUGAUAAGGGUGCUCUACCAUGCGCUAGGGUGUGUGCCGCUGUACCAGGAACGGAUAAGGCACAUUCUCCGCGAGCUGGCGAAGGGACUGGGCGACGAGCAGGUCUCGGAUGCUCUGGACGGCCUGUACUCGAGCCAUAGCCAUGUCCGGGCGGCGUGCCUGGACUCGUUGGAGUUCAUACCGGCUCUCGAGAGUGGACGUGCGCCGCCGAACUCGGCGGUGGCGUCGGCUCUGUGGAUGGCCAUGCACGACCCCGAUGAGCAAAAUACGCAAGCGGGAGAGGAUAUCUGGGACAUGUACGGGCAUUCCCUGGGGACGGACUAUGCGCAGGGCCUCACCAAAGCGCUCUCGCAUCCCAACCUGAAUGUUCGUCAGGCGGCCGCCGGGGGGCUCGCUGCGGCCAUGGAAACUUACCCCGCAACGGUCGCAGAGACGCUGUCCGCACUUUUCUCGCUGUACAUACGCGAUGUUCCGGUAGGGAGGGGGGAUCACGAUCCUUCGUGGGAAGGGAGAGAAGGGGUGGCCCUCGCUCUGAAAGCCUGCGCCAAAGAGCUCACCACGAGAGACCUUCCCGCCGUGGCAACCUUCCUGAUCUCCAGAGCCCUGGCCGAUCUGAACAGCGACGUGAGGUACAGAAUGGUGGAUGCCGGGGUCACCAUCAUUGACGUUCACGGGAAGACCAACGUCGGCCUUCUCCUUCCCAUCUUUGAGAACUACCUCGACAAGAAGGCAGCGGACGAGGAGAGGUACGAUCUGGUCAGGGAAGGAGUCGUGGUGUUCAUGGGCGCUCUCGCCAAGCACAUGUCGCCGGAGGAUCCGAAGAUCGGAGCCAUCGUCGAAAGGAUGCUGGAAGUUCUCAACACCCCAUCUGAGUCGGUGCAGCGUGCGGUGUCCAACUGUUUGCCUCCUCUCAUGCACUCCCCGCAGGCCAAACCUGAAGAGCUGAUCGGGAGGCUGAUCAAACGGUUGUUGGAAGCAGACCGGUAUGGUGAGAGAAGAGGAGCGGCCUUCGGCCUUGCAGGUGCUGUUAAGGGGCUCGGGAUCUCCUCCCUCAAAGCAUACGGAAUAAUGGACAAGCUGAAGACCGGUGUCGAGGAUAAGGCUUCGGCAAAGUCCCGAGAAGGAGCUCUGUUUGCGUUCGAAUGCCUCUGUGAGAAGAUGGGCCGGCUCUUUGAACCGUACGUAAUACACAUCUUGCCACUCCUCCUGGCCUCCUUCUCAGAUCCCAAUGUCGCGGUGAGAGAGGCGACGGAUGCUGCCGCAAGGGGCAUUAUGGCACAACUGAGUGGGCAGGGAGUAAAGCUGGUGCUGCCGGCUUUGAUGAGGGGCUUGGAGGACAAGGCCUGGCGAACCAAGCAGGGCAGCGUUCAGUUCCUGGGGGCCAUGGCCUAUUGUGCCCCCAAACAACUCUCCCAGUGCCUGCCCACCAUUGUUCCCAAGCUGAGCGAAGUUCUGACUGAUACUCACCCCAAAGUGCAGCUGGCGGCGCAGACUGCCCUUCAGCAAGUUGGAAGCGUCAUUCGCAACCCCGAGAUUGCCUCGCUCGUUCCCACUUUGCUCGUCAGCAUUGCGGAUCCGAACAAGCAUACGAAGACGUCCCUCGACCUGUUGCUUCAGACAACGUUCGUGAACUCGGUGGAUCCGCCGUCCCUGGCACUUCUCGUGCCGGUCGUGCACAGAGGACUGAGGGAGCGCAGCGCAGACACCAAGAAGAAGGCAGCUCAGAUCGUGGGCAGCAUGUGCUUGUUGGUGACAGAGCACAAGGACAUGAUUCCGUACCUCGAUCUGCUUCUGCCGGAGGUCAAGAAGGUGCUCGUUGACCCCAUUCCAGAAGUCCGCACCGUAGCUGCAAGAGCCCUCGGGUCAUUGAUCCAGGGCAUGGGAGAGGAAAGGUUCGUGGACCUGGUGCCGUGGUUGCUGGAAACGCUCAAAUCGGACACCAGCAGCGUGGAGCGCUCCGGUGCUGCACAGGGUCUCAGCGAGGUCCUGGCUGCACUCGGACUGGAGUACUUCGAGGCGCGCUUGCCGGACAUUCUGGUCAAUUGUUCGCACCAGCGGGCUUCUGUCAGGGAUGGGUAUCUCACUCUCUUCAAGUACCUGCCAAGUGCGAUUGGGCCCGAGUUCCAGGCUUACCUCAGCCAGGUACUGCCCGCCAUCUUGGAUGGGCUUGCAGAUGAGAACGAGUCCGUACGAGAUGCUGCACUCAGUGCGGGACAUGUGCUCGUGGAGCACUAUGCUCGCAGCUCCCUUCCCCUUCUCCUUCCGGUUGUUGAGGAGGGCAUCUUUAAUGACAACUGGAGGAUUCGGCAGAGCUCUGUUGAGCUCCUGGGCGACCUGCUUUUCAAGGUGGCCGGAGCGUCGGGCAAGGUGCAACUGGAAGGAGGUAGUGAUGACGAAGGUGCAAGCACAGAGGCACAGGGGAGGGCCAUCAUCGAGGUUCUUGGAAGGAACAAACGGAAUGAGGUCUUGGCCGCAGUUUAUAUGGUUCGAUCGGAUGUCAGCCUGUCGGUUCGUCAGGCUGCGCUUCAUGUCUGGAAGACCGUGGUCUCCAACACCCCAAGGACUCUCAAGGAAAUCAUGCCCGUUCUUAUGCGUACACUGAUCACAUCCUUGGCUUCGACGUCCCCGGAGAGACGCCAGGUCGCUGGCCGAGCCCUGGGCGAGCUGGUUCGGAAGCUCGGCGACCGUGUUCUCCCAUCAAUUAUUCCGAUCCUCCGUGAUGGUCUGCAGGAUCAGUGUGGCAACACACGGCAGGGAGUUUGCUUUGGCCUAAGUGAAGUGAUGGCAAGUGCAGGCAGGCAGCACCUCGCUGCAUACAUGAGCGAUCUCAUCCCUACCAUUCGUGAUGCCUUGUGUGACAGCGAGCCAGAAGUGCAAGAAGCUGCCGGUCAGGCCUUCAGCACACUUUAUAAGAGUGCCGGCAUGCAUGCCAUUGAUGAGAUCGUCCCUGCCUUGCUCCAUGCCUUGGAAGAUGAGCAUCUGUCAGGACAUGCUCUUGGUGGACUGAAGCAGAUUCUGAGCGUCCGAACGGCAGCUGUGCUUCCCCACAUAUUACCAAAGCUUGUAAAGCCACCAAUAACGGAGUUCAAUGCGAACGCUUUAGCCGCAUUGGCGGAGGUGGCAGGUGCAGGCCUUAAUGCCCACCUUCCGACUGUGCUACCGCCGCUGAUCAUGGGGAUGUCAGCCUCUGGCAAUCCGGAUUCUACCAGAGCUGUGAAGUAUGCAGCAGAGACUGUUGUCAUGGGUGUUGAUGAUGAAGGCUUGGAUGGUCUUAUCACGGAGCUCAACAAAGGAUUGGGCGACUCUCAGGCUAGCGUACGGACUGGCGCUGCAGAACUGACGGGAUUCUUCUUCAAGAGUACGAGGCUGGACGUGGAGUACCAUGUGCCGAACCUGAUCACCACGCUCAUUGUCAUGCUCGGCGAUCCGGACAAGGGCACAGUGAAGGCCGCAUGGGAAGCCCUGGGAUUUGUAAUUGGCACGAUCCCGAUUGAGGUCUUGCCAUCGUACAUCAAGUGUGUGCGUGACGCAAUUCAGACGGCAAGGGACAAAGAGAGAAGAAAACGAAAGGGGGGGGCAAUCUUGGUUCCGGGUCUCUGCUUGCCUAAUGCACUUAAGCCGGUCCUUCCAAUUUUCCAUCAGGGUGUGAUGACAGGCUCUGCGGAAAUAAGGGAGCAAGCUGCGGAUGGCCUGGGAGAGCUGGCUGACGUCACGCACGAGGAUUCACUCAAACCAUUUAUUGUGAAGAUAACGGGACCUCUGAUUCGUAUCAUCGGAGACAGGUUCCCAUGGCAAGUGAAGAGCGCGAUCUUGGGCACAUUGAGCAUAAUCAUUGGGAAAGCUGGUGAUGGUCUGAAGCCUUUCGUCCCGCCCUUGCAGACCUCUUUUGUCAAGUGCCUGCAAGACGGUGCCAGACCUGUCAGGUCGCGAGCGGCAAGAGCUUUGGGAAAAUUGGUCGUGCUCAGCCCAAGGGUCGAUCCUCUUGUCAGUGAGCUUCUGUCGGGUGUCCAUUCAUCUGAAGGCGGGGUGAAGGAAGCCAUGCUUGCUGCAUUGAGCCGUGUACUGCUCAAUGCGGGUAAGAGUGUCAGUGCACCCGUGGUUGCGAAAGUUGGUCCAGCAGUGAUCAACCUGCUUGACGUGGAGGAUGACGAGGUCAGAGGCCUUGCAUCUCGCUGCUUGGGCAUAGCUUCACCGUUUAUGGCAGAUUCAGGUUAUGACUGGCUGCUGCAGAGCAUUACCUCUGUCAAUCCGUCCGAACUGUGGACGAUGCGCCAUGGGGCAACAAUGACGCUUGCCUCUGUCCUGAGGCAUUCUGCCCAUCGUGUUUUUGAAUCUUCGGCAAGAGUCUCAUGGGUCACAGCAUCCAUCCGACACCGGACUAAAGAUGACAGGGUUCCAGUUCGUGUGUCAGUCGCAAAGGCCAUAGGACGGCUGGUUGUCUUUCAAGUUAUGGAGUCACUCUCUCCUUUCUCCAUAUCAGAGAUGGUUUCUUUGCUGGCAAACCUCAUUGCAGAAAAAACCAGUGAUGUAAGGCGAAGAGCCAUGGCCAGUGUGAAGUCCAUUGCAAAGGCAAGAGCAGAUGUGCUGACGCCAUACCAUUCAGUGCUAGGACCGCCCGUCGGAGACUGUCUGAAAGAUGGCAAUUCCCCCGUCAGAGUUGCUGCAGAGCGGUGUGCGCUGCAUCUGUUCCAACUACCACGGGGAACCGAGUUUGUCCAAGCGGCACAGAAAUACAUGACAGGGUUGGAUGCUCGGCGAAUCGCAAAGCUGCCCGAGGUCAGUGAUGUAAGUGAUGACAGCGAGGGUGAUGACGCCAAUGAUUAGGCCUUGUGUAGUUGGUGGCUGUGGGUCAGGUGUGCCAUGUCCAAAAGUGGAGUUUGAAUAAUGGAUGAGCUGAGGCUGUUGCUACCCGAUUAGGCCUAGGUGGAUUUGCCCAGGGGCUGGGAAGGGCAACACGCAUGUACGUUGGCAGAAUCAUCAUUUUUUCUCGCCAUGUCUGAAGGAACUGGAGGAUUCGAAUUUCGAUCUCAGGUCUCAGUGGCGAGGCAUUGAUGGCCAAAGAUCAUACUGUUACCUACUGGUAGAAAUUUCGCUGUGUGGUAGGAAGUAGGCCCUUGGUAGGACAGGGUAGUUCAUAGAAAGAAUAGUCUAGACUUAAGACCAGGCAGUAGUAGAGUGUUGGCUAUAUGCGGUUGGGAGACGAGUAGUCUGGUGGAAAAGAGGACAGCGGACUAAGGACGGAAAGAUGGUUGCUGGAAGACUCUGUCAAGGACAAUGGCAGAAACCAACAAGGGAACCAGCAAGGGAUGUUAUAACUGUGGAAGCCCACAUGUUUGUCUGAACCUUUGGGAUUUCGGAAAGAAGGCCUAUAGGAGGGGAGUGAUGAAGCCACGUUUUUGAUGAUUUGCUCAUUUCGAGUUUUUAGACUGGAAAAUCAGUGAGACAUUGUGAGGUGAAGGGGGGGUGUGGCAACAGGGUAGGUGUUAGCUUGCAGUUUUCUCGGAUUUAGACCAGCGAAUCAAUUGCCUGAGUUUAC